GGGGGCUUAGCCUGGGAGGGAGGAGACCCCCAUGGGGCUGGGGGCACUGCCCGGGAGCUGCAGAGGCCGCACUAAGGAAGCCGCCUGCCCCGCAGGACUGCCCGAGGAGACCCCGGCCCAGCUCUGCCCUCGGGAGCCCACAGGGGCCUCGUUUGGCGUUAAGGAAGCCGAGGCUGCAAGAGACCCUGGGGGUCUGAGCUCGCGCCUUGGUUCAGGCUUUGUGGGGCGGCCCCUGCCACGCUCACCCAAGGCCUCCCUGUGAGAGCCCCGCGCACUUUGUCCUUUGACCCGGGGCCGCUGGCCAAGGUCACCCCAGAGGGACGGCUGCUGCUUCCUUCCUGGUCAGUCUUGGCGGUCGGCGACCAGGCUGGCUUCAGAGUUCUGACUUCCCAGACUGGUCCCGGGGCGCUCCCCACUUGUGGAGGAGUCACAGGGUCCGGAGAAUAGGGUCUCUGGGAAAGAAAUGUUGACCCUCCCCUCGGGCCAGGCCCGUGUUCCCAGGCCAGCUCCAGCCGUGCCUCUGUUUCCUGCAGGGACCCCCCCAACAUCCACCUGAAGGGGUGUAAGGUGAUGAAGAACUGGGGAGUGCUCGGGGGGGUCGCCGCGGCCCUGGCGGCGGGCAUCUAUGUGCUGUGGGGCCCCAUCACGGAGAGGAAGAAGCGCAGGAAAGGGCUUGUUCCUGGUCUUCUCAACUUAGGAAACACCUGUUUCAUGAACUCUUUGCUGCAAGGCCUUUCUGCCUGUCCUACGUUCAUCAAGUGGUUGGAGGAAUUCACUGCCCAAUAUCCUGCGGAUCAGAGAGAGACCACUAAGCCCCAAUAUUUGUCCUUAACUCUGCUGCGCCUACUGAAAGCUUUGUCUUGCCAAGAAGUGGCCAGCGGAGAGGAGGAGGAGGACGUCCUGGACGCUGGCUGCCUGCUGGAGGUGCUGCGGAUGUACAGGUGGCAGAUCUCCUCCUUCGAGGAGCAGGACGCACAUGAAUUGUUCCACGUCAUCACAUCGUCUCUAGAGGAUGAGAGAGAUCGCCACCCUCGGGUAGCACAUCUGUUCGACAUGCAAUCUUUGGAGCUGCAACAAGAAAUGACUCCCCAGCAAAUAAGCUGCAGAAUACGAGGAGCGCUUCACCCCAUGUCCAGCGCCUGGAAAUCUCAGCAUCCUUUUCAUGGGAGACUUACUAGUAACAUGGUUUGCAAGCACUGUGAGCACCAGAGUCCUGUGAGAUAUGAUACCUUUGACAGUCUUUCCCUAAGUAUCCCCGCUGCCACGUGGGGCCGCCCUUUGACUCUGGACCACUGCCUUCAUCAUUUCAUCUCCUCAGAAUCAGUCAGGGAUGUUGUGUGUGACAAUUGUACCAAGAUUGAGGCGGAAGGGACCCUGAAUGGGGAAGUGGUCGAACACCAGAGAACCACGUUUGUCAAACAGUUAAAGCUCGGGAAGCUUCCUCAGUGUCUGUGCAUCCAUCUGCAAAGACUGAGCUGGUCCAGCCAGGGCACACCUUUGAAACGUCAUGAACAUGUACAGUUUAAUGAAUUCCUGAUCAUGGACAUCUAUAAAUACCACCUCCCCGGCUGCAAACCACACCAGCACAAUCCCAAACUGAAAGAGAAUGCUGUGACGGUCUUGGAAGUGAAGGAUGGGAUGACAGCCCCCACGUCAGCUUCUGCUCAGCCAAGCAGGACCAAAGCACUUUUCGUCAAUGGGGCUUGCUCCUCACCAACACUGCUGCCAACCACAGGCGCUUUCUCUCUCCCAGGUGUUCCUGACUAUAGCUCUUCUGUGUACCUCUUCAGGCUGAUGGCUGUUGUGGUCCAUCAUGGAGACAUGCAUUCUGGUCACUUUGUGACUUAUCGACGUUCCCCUCCUUCUGCUAAGAACCCUCUGUCUACCAGCAGCCAGUGGUUAUGGAUCUCGGAUGACACCGUUCGAAAGGCGAGUUUGCAGGAGGUUUUGUCUUCAAGCGCUUAUCUGCUCUUUUAUGAGCGGGUGCUUUCGAAAGCCCAGCAACACCAAAGCCAGGAAUACAAGUCUGAAGAGUGAAACUGAGAGCCAGGCCUAACAAGAGUGCUCAGAACUGUUCAGAAAAAAACAAAAACAAAAAACAAAAACCCUAAAUUUUUCUCUGUAUACAUUAUGAAAAUAGCCCGACUCCAGUUCUUCGACAUUCCGGUGUGGUGGUGAAGGAGAGCUCUCUUGGAGCUGUCGACUCCCGAUCCAUGCCCAAACCAAGCUACUGGAAGCAAGUCUGAUAGUGGCGGACUCGGGAGUGCUGUGCCAUUAGAAAGCAUCUGUGAUGUCUGCAAGAUGUCUUCAGCCCUCUCUGACACUGGGGCCUGCAGAGUUCUGGACACCCGAAGCCACUUUGGAUGUGUGCAUUGCAAGUUGUAAGAGGAGAUUCACUUUGCCUAAUUAUAAAAAAAAUUUUCAGGUCAGAUUUCUAUAUUUAAAAAGCAGGCCUGUAGAAGCCGUGAGUGAGAAUUUCCAUAGUUAUUAAAGGCAGCAAUUUAAAAGAAGUGCCUUCCCCUUGUUUAAGUGAUUACGGUCCAGCCAGUCGCUUUUGUAAGGAGUCACGUCCAAAAUCCACGCCACUCAGUGAGGCCAAGAAAGACCUUUUGAAAGGCUUAGCUCCUUUUUUCCUUAGUGGAGGAACCAGUGCAGCCCCCACUUUUGUACGUCCACAGGUCGGGUCGUUCUACAUUGGAAGAGGACCUGGCCCAUGCUACCUGCUUUGUUCUUUGUAACGAGAAGGUGUCUGUCCCUUCUGGGAGUCCUGCUCUGGUCGGCUCAUCCUAGGCCCUGACCUGGCACAGGGCACUGUGGGUGGGAGACAGGGGCAGGCCCAGUAUGGACGCUAGAAGCUGGGUCACCAGGGAGGCUAAUUCAGGCUGGUCUCACCCUGCUGCAAAGCUGUCUGUGCCCCCAACACUGUCCUCACCCAUAUGUCUACAUUGUGAACUCAUUUCCCACAUGUUCUUAUGCACAUUUUACUCAUCAGACUAUUAUAAUAGAUAUUUAUUAGGCACAGAGUAAAAGUACAUACUAAAUUUAAUCAUGUUCUUAUUGCCUCUUUUCAGAGUUCUUAAGUCCAGGCACUGUAAGGGUGAAAAACUUGUUAGCUGCCCAAGGCUUGCCUAUGCUUAGUGAAAGUUUUUAAAAAUAAAUAAAACAAGAAUUAUGUCUGCACUAAAACUGCAAAUUCUCCGGAGGUAGGACUUGGGCCAGAUCCCACCCAGAAGGCCUCACAAGGUAAGGCCCAAACUUGUUUCUACCAAUCUUUCUGCCCAAGACCAUGCAGUUGUCCAAGAACUUCCAGGUGAGGCCUUCUUCCCUGGCUUGGCUCCACAGACCAAAGCUGCCCGGAGUGCCAGGGCAGAGGCCCACAGGCCUGAUUUGGGGCACUUCUCUGACGGGUCCGGCUGUGGGUUUGCUCAGCUCAUUCCUUCACCUCAGGUGGUUUUAACUAUGUAAUGGAUCUGCUUUGCCCCAGGCCAGGGAAGCAAGAGCCCAGACAGAUUUAAACUCUGUUCUUAAGUUGGCAUCUGCUGAAAUUCCUUUGGAAAAGUACCUCAGUGAGACUGGAAUGUGGAGGUUUUUAUGAGCAUUUCUCUGCAGGUCAGAAGCUCAGGACACGGUAGAUAACGGUGAAAGGCGGUUUGCAGAGAAAAACCUUUAACUGUGUUUUGUAAAAGCUGACAAUUCUCUAAUGUCUUAGCAGUUAUCACAUCAAAGCCAGGGCUGAUUUUGAGAUUGGGGUAAAUAAUUAACUUAGUUCCUUAUGGCAAAGAUUUAAAUUAAAUGAAUAGUUUACAGUACAAAACACUGGUUUUGUGGAUCUGCUGAGAACAUCUGUUUGUACCUGCUGUGUGGAUUAUGGCAAUAAAGAUUCACUUUAUUAGAAAAGGU